AUGGCCAGUCCUACCGUUCUCACUUUUGACGCUGAGGGCCGUCCAAUUAAGUUUGACGUUUGGCUCGAUGACCUGCACCUGUUCCUCCAGAUCACUGCCAAGGACGAUGUUUCCCUGUUUGACCACACGUUCGGCGUCGCUCCCGCACCUGCUGCUACUGCUGACAGUACGGCUCGCUCACAGUGGCAGACCCGUGACGCUCACGCUCGCCUAGCCGUUCGCAGCCUCCUGCCGUUAGAUGAGCGCGAGCAUUUUGGCCAGCAUAAGACCGCUCAGGAGCUGUACAAUGCUGUAGUUGCGCGCUACUCCUCCCCUGCUACUGCUGCGAUAGGACGUCUCUCUCUGCCCUAUCUCUUCCCCGAUCUGUCCGCCUUUGCCACUGUAGCUGACCUUAUCAGUCACCUCCGUACUAGUGAUCUCCGCUACCGUGCCGCCCUUCCUCCCGAUUUCCUCGCCAAGAACCCUCCCCCGAUGUACAUCACACUCUACCACCUAGUCACUCGCCUCCCUGACUCUCUUCGCGCUGUCAGGGACCACUUUCUCGCCCUCUCCCCCACCGACCUCACUGUCGACCUGCUCGAGAAGGAACUCCUUGCAGCUGAGACUAGUAUUGUAGCUGUAGGUGCCUCUCGUGGUGACCCUCGCACUCCCUUCUUUGAGGGAUGUUCCCCCUCCCCCCUUCUCCCCUCCAUUGCAUCUGCUGCUGCUGUCGACUACCUCGGUGCUGAGGAGGUCGGGGCUGCGUCUGCUCCUAGUGGGAGGCGCAAGGGCGGCAGAGGCAAGGGGGGCAAGGGUGGCGGAGGUGGCGGCGGGGGCGGCGGUGGUGGAGGGGGUGGAGGGGGCGGGGGUGGUGGCGGUGGUGGGAGUGGUGCUGGUGGUGGGGGGGUCAGUGGCGGAGGCGGGGGUAGUGGCGGCGGCGGUGGUGGGGGUGGCGGGGGUGGUGGUGGCAGUGGUGGCGGCAGUGGAGCUGGUGGCGGGCGCGGUGGAGCGGUGCAGCGCGGGGGGUUCGGCGGUGGCCAGAGGCAGCAGCAGCAGCGUCCCAGCGAGACCCCGUCGCCCCAGCAGCUCCGUGAGUGGUACUCUCAGCGUGGGGGGUCUGGGGGUGGAGGUAGCUGCCCGUACGUCAUCCGCACAGGUGACAGCACUGGCCAGACCUGUGGGAGGUUUCACACGGCGCAGCGCUGCUUCUUUCGUCUUGACGACGCCUGGCGCGAGCAGUUUCCUGACGCCUCUGAGCUGCCCCGCUGGGCUGAUCUACUGAAAAAGAACAUUGAUAUCUUUGCUCUUGACUUUGAUGCUAUCCUUGGUGCCAUGUAUGCAUUAACUGUUAGUGUUGAGGGUCCUGGUGAGGCUGCUGCUCUAGGUGCUAGUGAGUCUGCUGCUCCAGGUGCUCGUGCGUCUGCGCCUGCUGGUACUGCGUCUACUAAGGCACUGCACACCUUCACACUGGACUCGGGUGCUUCCCGCUGCUUCUUUCGUGACCGCACUGUCCUUGAGCAGCUAGCUCGGCCUGUUGCUGUCUCCCUGGCUGACCCCUCUGGGGGCCCGGUCCUUGCGACCUCCUCCACUGUCCUCCCUUGUCCUGCGGUCCCGUCCGGCACCCUGUCAGGUCUCUACCUCCCCUCGUUCUCUACGAACUUGGUGGCGGGCUCUGCUCUUCAGGACGGGGGUGUUCACCAGUUCACCCCUGCCCAUGAGCGUGUGACCCACUGCACGUGUGCUCGGACAGGCCGCCACCUGGCUACCUUCACUCGGCAGCCGGGGUCGGACCUGACCCUGCCUCCCCUGCCACCCUCCCCUGCCCCUCCCUCCCUUACCUGUGUCGAGGGGCGGCAGCGCGCCGCUCCUCACUCCUCCUCGUUCCCCCCGACAGAGGCUCCCCUGCAGACUCUCCACCUGGACGUGUGGGGCCCAGCCCGCGUCCGUGGACAGGGCGGCGAGCGCUACUUCCUGCUGGUGGUUGACGACUACACGCGUUACACCACGGUCUUCCCCUUGCGCACCAAGGGUGAAGUCCCUGAUGUUUUGAUCCCUUGGAUCCGCAACAGUCCUCUCCAGCUGCACAAGCGCUUCCACACGGACUUUCCUGUCCUGCGUCUGCACUCUGACAGAGGUGGUGAGUUUUCCUCCGACCUCUUGAGGGCCUUCUGUCAGGGGGAGGGCAUUGAGCAGUUGUUCACGCUUCCGGCCUCUCCUCAGCAAAAUGGGGUUGCUGAGCGCCGCAUUGGCUUGGUCAUGGAGGUCGCUCGUACCUCCCUGAUCCAUGCGGCUGCCCCCCAUUUUCUGUGGCCGUUUGCGGUUCGAUACGCUGCGCAUCAGCUCAACCUCUGGCCCCGAUCUCGUGCUUUUGUCCACGAUACGUCCGCGGACAAGCUCUCCGCCCGCGCUGUUCCCUGUGUCUUCCUUGGCUUCCCCACUGACGCGCCUGGCUGGCAGUUUUACCACCCCACCUCGCGCCGUGUCUUCGCCGCUCAGGACGUCACUUUUGACGAGUCGGUACCCUUUUACCGUCUUUUCCCCUACCGCACUGCCCCGCUUCCCCCCCCGCCACUCUUCCUCACCCCAGGUGUCCCUUCGGUAGACCCCCUCCCUCCCCAGGGUCCUGCUCCCUCAGGUGUUUCCCAGGUAGACCCAGUCGAGCCUGUCGAGGUAGCUGUCGGCUCUGGUCCUGCGAGGGGUACUGAGCCUGGGGGUGCUGAGACUGGGGGUGCUGAGCCUGGGGGUGCUGAGGCUGGGGGUGCUGAGCCUGGGGGUGCUGAGACUGGGGGUGCUGAGCCUGGGGGUGCUGCGACUGGGGGGGCUGAGACUGGGGGUGCUGAGCCAGAGGGAGCUGAGGCUGGGGGUUCUGAGAAUGACCGUGCUGCGCCUGGUGGCGCUCCCUCUUCACAGCAGCUGCGUGAGUGGUACUCUCAGCGUUGCAGCCUCCGGCGUGGGGCUGCUGGAGCUGGGGGUUCCGCUGGAGUUGGAGCUGGUGGUGCUGCGGGUGCCGUGUCGCGGCCGGAGCCUCCCUCCCUACAGCGGCUGCUUGAGUGGUACGCUCGUCGCUGCAGCCUCCGGAGCGGCGCUCCUAGCGCUGGGGUGCCGCCCGCUGGAGGCCCUGGUGCUGCUGGAGGUGCUGGAGCCUCUAGUCCUGGAGGUGCUCGUACAAGCGGUACUGGAGCUGCUGGGACUGGGGGUUCUGCAGGAGCUGGUGCUGGAGCUGCUAGAGCUGGUACUGCUGGAGGUACUGCUAGUGCUGGAGCUGCUGGUGGUGCGGCUGGAGGUGCUGCUGGUGCUGGAGCUGCUGGAGGUGCUGCUGGUGCUGGAGGUGCUGGAGGUGCUGGAGCUACUGGAGCUGCUGGUGGUGCUGCGGGAGUUGUAGCUGGAGACCCUGGGGCUGAGGGUGCUGGUGCUGUCUCUGCUGGUUCAGGAGGUGCUGCGCGGCCGCGGCCGUACUACGUUCCACUCCUUCAGCAGGUUCUUGGCCUCCCGCCCUCUACUGGUCCUACUCCUCCCCUACUGAGUCCACCACCUGUCCAGUCGCAAUCACAGUUACAGCCUGCCUCUCCGCUGCCUGGUCCUUCUCCUUACGCUGGGCCGACUAGAGGUCUUACGAAGCGUCGUGAACCUGAGUCUCGUCCUGCGUCGCCUGAGUCUCGUCCUGCGUCGCCUGAGUCUCGUCCAGAGUCGCCUGUCCGCGCUGUCCGCGCUGGUCGUCGUGUUCCGCGUGAGCGUCCUCCUCCUGUCCCUGGCACUCACUAUAUGACUCUGCGUCCUUCCACUGCUCCACAGCGUGUUCCUCUGCCAUCUCCUCCUGCGUCCUCUCUUCCUGACGGUCCGGACCCGGAGUCUGACCCCCUUCGGGCUGCCAGUCCUACUGUCACGCGUUUCCUCGCCACUGUUGUCACUGACCCUACCUUUGAGUCCACUGCUGCGUCUGCUCUAGUCGCUCAGCUUGUUGACUUUGCUGCUGCCUGUCGUCUAGACUACGCCGCUAGCCUUGUUGCUGAGUCUGAUUCUGAGUCUGUCUGUCCUCCGUCCGUCGGGGGUGAGUGUGCUCUUGGCACGGACGUCCUUGAGGACAGACAGGAGGAGUUUGAGUGCUUUGCCGCUGCUUUACCUCAUCUCGUGUCCAUGCUGAUUGCCCCUGAGGGAGACCCGGAUGCACCAGACAUCCCGACCCCGCGCUCUUACGCAGAGGCGAUAGAGGGUCCCUACUCCUCUCAGUGGCAGUCAGCCAUGGACGCAGAGAUGGCUUCCUGGAAGUCCAAAGGCACCUACGUCGACGAGGUUCCCCCGCGUGGGGCGAACAUCGUCAGUGGCAUGUGGAUUUUCAGGGUGAAGCGGCCGCCGGAUUCUCCGCCUCUCUUCAAGGCGCGUUACGUUGCACGAGGCUUCAGUCAGCGUGAGGGAGUUGACUUCUUCCAGACCUUCUCCCCUACCCCAAAGAUGACCACUUUUCGGGUUCUGCUGCACGUCGCCGCUCAGUGUGACUACGAGCUCCACUCUCUUGACUUCAGCACUGCUUUCCUACAGGGCAGCCUGCACGAGGAGAUCUGGCUGCGCCGCCCACCUGGCUUCAAUGGGUCGUUUCCUGCUGGUACCCAGUGGAGCCUCCGGCGGCCAGUCUACGGUCUCCGCCAGGCACCCCGUGAGUGGCACGACACACUGAGGACGACUCUUGCUGCUCUUGGGUUUGCUCCUUCUACUGCUGACCCGUCGCUGUUUCUACGCACCGACACCACUCUGCCGCCGUUCUACGUUCUCGUGUACGUAGACGACUUGGUCUUUGCUACUGCUGACACUGAGGCACUCGCCCACGUGAAGUCGGAGCUGCAGAAGAGACACACGUGCACGGACCUGGGUGAGCUGACAAGCUAUCUUGGCUUGCGGAUCACCCGGGACAGAGCACAGCGCACCAUUACCUUGACCCAGUCACACAUGGUGCAGCAGGUCCUUCAGCGCUUCCGCUUCACAUACUCCUCGCCACAGUCCACUCCUCUGCCUACCGGUCACUCGCUCUCAGCUCCACCUUCGGACGAGUCCGUAGAGCCGAGUGGCCCGUAUCCAGAGCUUGUGGGCUGCCUCAUGUACCUGAUGACCUGCACUCGAUCUGACCUAGCCUACCCUCUUAGCAUCCUGGCACGCUAUGUCACUCUUGGCCGACACAGGAAGGAGCACAUGGAUGCCGCUAAGAGGGUGUUGCGCUACUUGUGCAGUACGUCGGGCAUGGGGCUCGCGCUUGGAGGACGGGCUCGAGUUGUCCUCACUGGUCACGCAGACGCUUCUUGGGCUGACGACUUGGCUACGCAGCGGUCGUCUCAGGAUUACACCUUCAGCCUUGGCUCCGGCUCUGUUUCUUGGCGGUCUACCCGCUCGUCUUCUGUUCUCGGCUCCAGUUGUGAGGCUGAGAUCUACGCAGGGGCCAUGGCUGCACAGGAGUUACGCUGGCUCACCUACCUGCUGACCGACCUUGGAGAGCCGCCUCGUUCUCCUCCAGUGCUGUAA